AUGGUUUGGGAAUCUGUUCUUGCGCGUCUAUCGUUGCUUCUUUCUGGUUUACUGGUAUUGAGUGGUGUUUGUGUAAACUCCUACUUUGGACCCGUUUCCACCUUCCGUAGCUAUAGGCUAUUUGGAAAAAAAAACCGCACUGUUCCUACCAACAUUGUCAGCGGAAAACAAGAACCCAAGCCCAUUAGGCAAAAAUCAUACGGGAUAUAUAUGCAGGUCUAUGGCAACCCAAACUUCAAGAACUAUGAAGAGGCUAUUCAGGCCUUUAGAGCCAAGAUCGCUAUGUCUGGCAGGGAAGAAAUCCUAGAUAGCAAGCCUGAGAGGUUUAUCCCCAGACAUAUGAUUCUGAGGAAGCUUCGCCAAACCAGGGGCUUUAAAAUCAGUGCUUAUCAGCGUGAAAGGGCCUUAAUACGCGCUACAGAAAUCGACAACAAUAACAACAUCAGGAACGUUUUCUACAGGCAACUACCCACCAUUCUCGGUGCGCUUAACUCUUAUCAGGAAUUUCUGGAUAAAAACCAUGGUGGAACUGAAAGCUUUUUGGCUGCUGUGCAGCCGCCUAAAACUAGCAGCUAA